GUUAAGUUUGCUACUGAUAUGAUGCAUACUCUGCACGGGUUUCUGAUUUUCAGCCUUCUGACAUGUCUCGGACUUAACGCGCUUGGGAGUGAAAUCAUAAAUGGUAAAAAUGCCAUAGACAAACGGAUGCUAUAUAUGGCCUCAGUGCAGAACAAGGAAGGUAAACAUAUCUGUGGAGGAUUUCUCAUCAGCGAAGACCUUGUGGUCACUGCUGCACACUGUGACCCCCACAAUCCUACAAGUGUUGUCCUUGGCACCCACAAUCUCAAGAAGGUUGAUGACAAAACAAUGAGAUACACUGUGAAGAGAUGCAAGAAUCAAUCUUACAAGAAUGUUUCAUCUGGGAAUGACAUCAUGCUCCUCAAACUAACCAAGAAAGCCCGUCUAAGCAAGAGAGUGCAACUGAUUAAACUGCCAAAACCAAAUAAUAAAAAAGUUCUAAGGAAGUGCCAAGUGGCUGGAUGGGGUCACACAAGUACAGGUGGUGAAAAUGUUGAUGCGCUGCGUGUGGUGGAUGUACCUUUUAUUAACCUGGACAUCUGUAAGAGAGAAUGGAAGAGCAUUGGCGUUGCGCUUCCUGACAAUGUUAUCUGUGCUGGUGGAUAUGACACAACCAAAGGAUUCUGUCAGGGUGACUCAGGUGGUCCUCUAGUGUGCAACGGGGAGGCUGUUGGUGUCGUGUCUUUCAACAUGAGGAGAAACUGUGACUACCCAAAUAUUCCCAACAUCUAUACGGACAUAUCAAAAUACCUUCAACUGAUCAAAGAUGUUCGUAAUAAAAAGACUUGUUAAGGGACUUGUAUUGUACUCGGCCCUCAGUCCUCAGACUUCCACUGGCUGACACUGUCUCUGCCUUUAAAUCUAAUCUUAAAACUCACUUAACAGCUAACAUGCUUUCUCUCAUCACAAACUUUUUUUAAAAAAUAUAAUCUCGAUUUCUGCAUGUUUUUAUUUGUUUCAUUGAGAGUUUACCCUUUACUUUGUAUAUGUUUUUUUCUUUAAAAACAGCUAUAUAAAACAUUAUUAUCAUCAUUAUUAGUGUUACUUUUGUGGAGGUCAUGUCAUUCUUUAUCUGAGUUGCAAAAUAA